AUGGGACCUGCAGAGCGUGACAUAUUCUUUAAAAGAAUGUUUGCCUUUGGAAUCCCGAAAGUUAUCAUUUUCCUGGUCCUUCUGAUCUCCUGGAUGGAGGACGCCGAUGAUGUCAAGUCUGACUUUCAAGUGAUCGAAUAUUUUAGUGGCUGUGGCCGCAUAGCCCAGCUAGCUGACUAUGCUGGGUAUCAAUCAGUGGGAUUUGACUUGGAAUAUGGCAUUCCAAAAGCUAGACAAACUGGUCGACGGAAUGCAAUGGACUUAAAUUCAAAUGGCGGGUUCGUCUUGGCGGCAAAAUUGAUUUUGAGAUCUCGAUUGGACCUGCUAGUCGCAAUGUUUGCCAUAUGUUGCAGCUCCUUUGUGCCAGUAAACAGGGCCACUGGGUCCCGGGAUAUAUUAGUUCCUGAGGGAAAUGAACAUGUAGUUUCUGUCCGAAAAUCCAAUAAACUUCUAUCUCGGAGCGUGAUUCUCAUGGUCAUGGUCAUUUGCGCAGGUGGCACCAUUUGCCUUGAAAACCCACAGAAUUCAGUGAUCACCCUCCAUGAACGAUUUGUAUGGUUUGUCAAGCUCCUACAAAGCUACAGCAUCCCAAUCUUCAAAGCUUCUUUCUGGAUGCGGAAGCACCUGGCUUUGACUUGGAAGCGCACCUGGAUGUGGGCAAACUCCAAACUUAUUGAGCAGUUGGACCUGGGCCCGCUUCAGCCAUCAGAACGGCUAACAACUGUGAAGACCACCAAAAGGACGAAAGGAAAAGAUGGGAAGACUAAGUGGCAGGGAAACCGGAACCUGAAAGGUACCCAGCAGUAUACAUAUCGCUUUGCCCGCCACAUGGUGGAACUGUUCCCAAAGUUUUUGGACAGCAAACCUGCUAGAUUGCUUCCUGUAUCAGAAGACAAGUCUGUGUUGCAGCUGUUCAAGGAGUGCAGCUUUGAUGAGCGUUGGGAUGAAUGUUGUGAUCUUCAAGACCUUUUAGUUUACUGCAGGGGUUCAAAAAGACUCCGGAUUCCUCCAGGGUGGAGGGAUGUGUUGCCCUGUGAGCUCUAA